AUGGCAUCUCCCCUGCCAGGGACGAUUUCCAUCUUAAAUCAGUGUGUGAACAUGACAGUGACUGGUAGCACGUCAGAGGAGAUGAGGCCUGAGAGCGUAAUCCUGCAUCCUCUGGGCACGGCGGCUGCCCCGGAGCCAGAUCUGCUGUGCAUCUUCGGGACGGGGGACCUGGGUCGCUCACUGGGCCUGCGUCUGCUCCAGUCUGGCUACAGGGUGGUGUAUGGCAGCCGCAGACCUCACAGCUGUGGCCCCUUGCCUCAGGGAGCUCAGGUGAUGAGCCACGCAGCAGCAGCUCACUCCGCCAGUCUCAUCUUUAUUUGCGUUCACAGAGAACACUAUGACUUCCUAGAGAAAAUGACACAUCAUCUCCAAGGAAAGGUGCUGGUGGAUCUGAGUAACAACCUGAAGAAAGGCAUCUACCCAGAAGCCAAUGCCACCUACCUGCAAAGACUGGUUCCUGGAGCUGCUGUGGUGAAAGGCCUUAACACGCUGUCCGCCUGGGCCCUGCAGAACGGACUCCUGGCUGGAAAGCAGGUUUACCUGUGUGGAGACAGUGCAGAAGCAAAGCAGGCAGUCGCAGUCAUGGCCACCAAGCUGGGUCUCACAGUUCUGGAUAGAGGGUCCCUGUCUGCGGCCAGAGAACUGGAGGACUUCCCCCUGCGGCUGUUCCCUGAGUGGAGGCUGCCUCUGAGCGUGGCCGUCGGCCUCACCGCCUUCUUCUUCUUCUACCUGCUCCUCAGAGACGUCAUCUACGCGUAUGUUGAACAGGACAAAGAUAUCUCCUACAGGAUCAUGGUCUCCCUGGGCAACAAGGUGUUUCCCAUUGUGUCGCUCAUCAUGUUGUCCCUGUGUUACCUGCCUGGUGUCAUAGCUGCCGUCCUUCAGCUCUACAGAGGAACCAAAUACAAACGUUUCCCUGAUUGGCUGGACCGCUGGAUGGUGUGCAGGAAGCAGAUGGGGCUGCUUGCGCUGGGCUUUGCGUUUCUCCACGCCAUCUACACAUUCAUCAUUCCCAUUCGCUAUGCCGUCAGACACAAACUCAUCUCGCGGGUGGUGGAUGAGAUGAAGAACAAUAAAACCACCCCGUUUUACUUUGAUGACACAGAGGCAUGGGGCACAGACUCCUUCUAUCUGCUGGGGAUCCUGGGCUUGCUUCUUUACGUCCUGCUAGGACUAACAUCCCUGCCCUCGGUGGGAGGCUCCCUCAGCUGGAGAGAGUUCAGCUUCAUUCAGUCUAAGCUGGGCCACCUGACCCUGUUCAUCUGCACUUCGCAUGGCUACAUCUACGGCUGGAACAAAUUUCUCAGUCCCUCUACAUACAAAUGGUACACUCCUCCAGGCUACAUGCUCUGCCUGAUCGUGCCGUCUGUGGUGUUGGUGCUCAAGCUGCUGCUCCUCCUUCCCUGCGUGGACCGCACCCUCACCCGCAUCCGACAGGGCUGGGAGAGGAGCCAGCCGAGCGAGGAGACGGGUGAGGUCAAGGCCACCAACCUGUGA